UUCUCCUCCUCCUCCUCCUCCUCCUCCUCCUCUUCCACCACCUCCUCUUCCACCUCCUCUUCUAUCUCCUCUUCCUCCUCCUCCUCUUCCAUCUCCUCCUCCUCCUCUUCCUCUUCCACCUCCUCCUCCUCCUCCUCCUCCUCUUCGUCCAUCUCCUCCUCCUCCUCUUCGUCCAUCUCCUCCUCCUCCUCCUCCUCUUCGUCCAUCUCCUCCUCAUCUUCCUCUUCCUUCUCCUCCUCCUACUCCUCCUCCUCCUCCUCUUCCAUCUCCUCCUCCUCCUCUUCCAUCUCUUCCUCCUACUCCUGCUCCUCCUCCCCCUCCUCUCGAGAAGACACUUCAGCUGCAUUAAAUGCCUCCUCCCUCUCGUCUCCUUCCGCCUCCCUCUCGUCUUCUUCUGCCUCCCUUCCUCCUUCUCCUCUAAUUUCCUCUCUCUCUUCCAUUCCCUCCCUCUCUUUUUCCACCAAUUUCUCUACAUCUUCUUCUUCUUCUUCUUCUUCUUCUUCUUCUUCUUCUUCUUCUUCUUCUUCUUCUUCUUCUUCUUCUUCUUCUUCUUCUUCUUCUUCUUCUUCAGUCUCUCUGUCUAAGGUGUGA